AGCAUUUCUCAGUUCAAGGCGUUAUCUUGUCACCAGGAGGUCGUGUAAGUGUAGAGGAAAUAAUAAAGCACUGUAUUGCACAUUGAGUGAACCGCAAAUAAUGGAGUUCAAGUCUAUCCACAUUGUGGUUCUGCUCUUUAUUUUUAUCUUGGGUGAACUUGAUUUAGCUGAAGGAAUUAAGAGAUCCAAGGUGAAGAGGCCUGGUAGUUCCUGUGACGGCGUCCACUGCAGGAGAGGCUUCAUCUGCAAGGACGGGCAUUGCGUGAAGGACCCAAAUCCGGUGGACCCAUGCGCUCGAGCAUCCUGCGAGGAAGACUUCGUCUGCGUGAACGGCGAGUGUAUCCCACAGCCGACCUGUGACGACAUAACCUGCAGCGAGGGUGAGGUUUGUCGUCUGGAGCGUAUACAGUGUUCCUACCCGCCAUGUCUGCAAGUCCCGACCUGCAGGUUGAACGUGUCAUGUGACAUGGUCGAGUGCGACGCGGGCACUAUCUGCCACGACGGGCUAUGCGUGAAGGAGCCCACUUGUGAAGGAGUCGUCUGCGGCUCCAGGCAGGAGUGUUACCUAGAGGAGCCCCCGUGCUUCGUGACCCCCUGCCCUCUCCCGGUGCCGAUGUGCGGCCCGAUCAGCAAGUGCACGGGUAUCCGCUGUAACGAGGACUACGUCUGCAUCGACGGAUACUGCGUCUUGGAGCCCGACUGUUACGGCAUCCAGUGCGCCUCCGGAGAAGAGUGCUUCAUGAAGGAAGUGGUCUGCGUGAGGGGCCCUUGCCCCCCUGUACCCACCUGCCGUCCGGCCCUGACCUGUGAUAUUGUCGGGUGUAUCCCCGGGUACGCUUGUGUGGACAACACGUGUGUCCCGGAUUAUUUCGAACAGGAAGAGCUACCCGAGCUCCUGGAGAUCAUAACUGUUGUAAUUACGGUUUUAUAAGUUACAAACUAUAUCAUUGUUCCUAAUAAUGAUGAAUUAAAUUCUACAUAGUUUUGGUUAAAA